GUUUAGCGGUUGAACAAACGAUUGUUUGUAAAUAUUGUUGUUAAUCAAAGAACCGCAAGUGCGAUACACGUAAUCUUGUUAGCAGUUUUCUAGGCCAGUGAUAACUUGAAUGGAUGUGAAGUUUUUCAUUUACAUUUGGUUGAAAAUUUUUCGUUUAGAAACCUCUAAUAAUGCUCAAAACAUAAAAUAAAAAUGGGUAAAAGAUUUGAUGGUUGGACUGUAUUGAAAAUUAUAGAAGUGUUUCUCGUUUUGGCUUGUUUGGUUUUCAAACGAGUGACUGACGACGAAGCUCGAAGCCUCUUUCUCUAUCUCCAAAAGUUCUCUAGAGAGUGGGGCUUGCUCAAUAACAUCACAUGGGAUAGAGUCGGAAGUGCUGUGGCCGAUGCCACCUACGGAGGUUAUUUGGUCAUUACUUUUGCCUUGCUAAUGGGUAAGAUUUUUUUGGAAAUACCAACCAGAAAACGAAUAAUGGAGCGGAUAUUGUUGGGAGUCGGAGCUGUUUUAUUUAUUGCAUUAGGUAGUUUAGCUUUUGCCUCAAUUGACUCAGUACCUCCAAAAUUGGUAGACAACGCAGCUAUAUUAGGGACUCUAUCAGUAUUAACGGGCGCUCUAUUUCUUUUGGAUAUGGGUGGGCCCAAAGCCAAGGUUGUGACACCUACUGCAGCUAAAACUCAGCAAAAGCAGCAAAAAUCUACACCCCCUGUAGAUGUAGACGUUGUAGAUAGUUCAAACAGAACUAGAAGAAGUAUUCCAGAACAAGUUUACGAUAUUGAAAGGGAAAUUGAAAUAACUGAACGUCCUGCUAGAAAACUGAGCCACGAUAUUAAAAAUAACGGAAUCAGAAACGGUGGGAAUGGACAAGCGAAAACUGAGCCUGCAGGUCUAUCAACAAGAAGCUAUAUUCAUCUCGAUCCUACUACUAGAGGCUACAGGCAAAUGACUAAUGAAGAUUUUGAUAUUCCCAGAAGAUUCGGUAUUUACGGUAAAGACGUUGGUAGAGAUGAUAGAGGUAGUGACACGGACGAAACCGCAACCAUCCCUCCGAAAAUCGAGCUGCACACUCCAGUUUGGAGUAACAUCCGAAAGGAAACUGCAAAAAAAUACGUCAUCCCCCCAAUAGUACCGCCCCAAAAACAACUCAUUCUCCAAGAAGUCGAAGUAUCCGAACGACCUCCUAGUGGACCUCUAGAUCCUGGAUUUGUCCAGUUCACUGCUCAACAUUGGGGCGAGGAAAGUGAGAAAAAAGGAACAAAAACACCUAGACAUAGUCCUGUUUGAAUCAGUUGCAACAAAUUUUAUUAAAAUACAAUAAACUGCCUGUAAUUAAUAAAAAAAAUGGACUGAAUUAUUGUAAAAUAUAUUGCAAGUGCAGUCUAAUUUUUUGACUGUAUAUAAACUUAUUCAGUACUUGGUAAAUUAUGUGUUAAAAACAAUAACAAAUUAAAUAAUAUAAUAUGUGUUUUUUCUUUUCUAAAAUAGACUAUAUUUUUGUUGUGUUAUGUACAAAAUAUUCGAUUAUACUUUAGUUAAACUGUAACCUACUUUGACUUAGUUACAUGUUAACUAAUACAAUGAGCAAUUAUUUAUUGAUUCGGCUGCUGUGUUCUUGUUCCAAAUUAAUAUACUGCCGCACAAGCCUGGAAAUUUCGUGCGCCUGUUCGGUUUGCAGUCGUGUUACUCGUUGCUGUAGCAAGUUACCGCAUUUCAUGUCCAAAAAUAGAGCUCCGUCUUCUGAUCGUACCUUUCUCGUGCUUAUGACUUCUGCAAAAGGCCAAUGCUGAAGGGUUUCGUGGGUGUUCAUGUCCAAAAAGUGAACUCCACCGCGGUUCAGGGCUAGGAUGUGUUCUUGCCAGUGAUCGGGUUCUCCUAUUACACGUUUCACCGCAAAGAAGGAGCUACCUAGAAAUUGGAAUGAGAUUUGUUAUUUUGUUGUUUGAUAUCUCAAGAACUCUACAAGCAAUGAUAACCAAUUUUGCACGAUUAAUAGAGAAUUUUAUACUCUUUCCAAUGAUGUAUAUGUGAUUGUAGAUAAUUUUCUCAAAUUUCAUAGAAGAUAUGAGCAAUUACUCAUGACAAGAUUUCAGAAGAAUUCCAAAAAUAAGAUUUCCUUUUUAAGUGGAUAAGGAAAGUUUGCUUCGACAAAGUCUUUUGUAAGCUUUUGGAGAAUUCUGGAUCCAGAAACUUUAUGAAAAGUCUAGAAAAAAGUGAUUGAUUGGCCAAGAUCAACUCAGCUAGAGUAUCAAGAGUUGAUGCCUACAGAAAAGAAAAGAAAUAUUCAGACUGCGUACCUAUUUAAUCUUGGAUCAAAGUCAUCAAAGAUUAGAAAAUUGGGAAAUAGGAAGUUCCUAUUUUAUUGGAAAAAUAUAGGCUUGCAUUGCAAAAGGUUGAAGAAUGAUUAAUAAUUAUCCAGCGAAUUCAGAGAAGUAACUUACAAAGUUUGGAUUACUUUAGUCUUUUAGGUGCCCCUGAAAUAAUUAGUUUGCGAAACAAGAGCCGAUAAUAGUUCAAAUCUUGAUUAUUAUCCAGCUCUAGAUUCGUAGGACAAGUUUCUACAGAGGUACUCCCAAAGACUGGAAAUCACCAGAUACCAAUAAUUCUAGAACGUGAACGUAUAUAGGUACACUGCCUUUAAGGCAUGUGGAAAUCUAUACCAAUUCACUUGAAUUCCUUUUGGAGUGACUAAUGGCGUAUGGCGUUGCUUGUUUUCAGAGGAAUAUGAAUAAUAUUAUCAAACAAGAACAUUUAGAAGACACAUAUGCAUUUCUCGACCAUCUGUAGUAAAAAUAAAGAGCAUCAUGAUACAAAUCUUACUACCUACUAAUACUGCUUCGCUCAGGAGAGUUCAAGGCAUGUUUGCCCAUUAUUCCAAAUUCAUUCAUAAGUUUUCUGAGAAAAUACAUCAUCCACUGAUUCGAGUUAAAAAGUUUCCAUUAUCUGCUUGUGAAGCUGCUGCAUUUGAACAGUUGAAGACUGAUAUACAAAACGCUGUUGUUAUUUCCAUUGACGAUGAAGCCACUCAAGCACUGCUCAACUUAUACAGUCUGAAAAACCAGUGGCGUUUUUCUCUAGAACAUUGACGAAAUCUGAACAACUGCUAUAGUGUAAGCACUUCGUAAAUGGACUCAUUUUCUGAUCGGACGUUACUUUAAGCUCGUAACUGACCAGAAAUCGGUCGCUUUUAUGUUUAAUUCAUUAAGUAAUUCUAAAAUCAAAAAUAAAAAAAUAAUGCGGUGGCGUCUGGAACUAUAAUCUUAUAAAUAUGAUAUAAUACAGAUCUGGAAAUCAAAAGUAUAUCUUCUGCGAUUUUACCUUUUUCUAGUGACAAAACAUUGUAUAAUCUACAUAUUAUUCUCUCUGUUAUCCUGGUAUAACAAGACUGUAUCACUGGAUCCGAUGUAAGAAUCUACCUUUCUCACUAGACGAUAUCAAGAGAAUUUCAGCCACCUGUCCCGUUUGUGCUGAGAUCAAAUGAUCAAACCAAGGUUUCAUAGAAAUCAAGGGACCCAUGAAAGCUACUGCCCCUUUCGAAAGUAUAAAUGUAGAUUUUAAAGGUUCGUUGCUAUCUGAGAACCAAAACCGCUAUAUUUUGACUAUUGUGGAUGAAUUUUCUAGAUUAUCAUUUAGCUUUGCUUGUCCUGCCAUGACCUUAUCAACUAUCAUAAAUUGUUUAAAUCAACUUUUUAAUAAAGUCUUGUGAUGUACAGCAACAAAUUGUUCACCGCAUGAAAUAAUGUUCUGUCAUCCUCGAAGAUCUACAAAUGGUUCUUAAAUUCCAACCUGGUUGAGUAUUCCUGGUCCAGUCUUAUUAUGCUCAUAUCAGAUUAGCUAAUGGUAAAGAAACAACUGUGUCAACACGCCACCUUGCGCCAAGAGGAGAUUCUGCUCUGCAUCAAGAAAAGUCGAAGAUAUGAAUGUAGAAUGUAGAGCAUAUAGAAACGAACCUAUAAUGAUCAAAACAACGACCAAAUGUAGUGAACCAGAUCCCAUUCAACAACUCAAUUACAACGAUUCUGAUGCUGGAAAUCUUGAUGGGAUACCUGUAACACCAUUAAGGAAUCUAAGCGAUGAAGUUGUAGAAAAUAUAACUGACUAUUCCAUUCCAUGAACCGACCAAAACGUCAUUAUAAGCUUCCUGUCUAUUUGAAAGAUUAUACAACCGACUAGGGGUGAAUGUUAUAUAUUUAAAAACUUUUAAAAUGUCCUGUAUUUUAUAUCCUGUUAUGUGUUGAGCUUUUGGAAUAACAAAAGCAAUACAUAUUCAAAAAUGAAUGGAUCACUAUAUGAGAUAUAGUUGUUCUGAGAAUAAGUAGAUCGCUCUAAAAACGAGUGGAUUUCGCUGAAAAUGAGGCGAUUGCUGCGGAACUCGCUCCGCUCGUGUCUUAGAGAAACUGAUCAGUGUUUCUCAAUCUACUCAUUUUCAAAAUAACUAAAACAGCAAUCCACUCAUUUUCCAAUAGGAAUCGUACCUUAGGUAUAUAAUAGCUAUAAAAGCUUUUGCUUAAGAUCAAAAUUCAACUUACCGAACAAAGGCCAACUGCUCAACGCUUGCAAAACUCGAUGUUUCGCCCUCGAAACGGACAAUCCAGCCGCUUGACCCCAACUGGUUUGAACCAGAGCCAACCAUUGAGGAGGCCUAGGCUCUCUAAGACCCAAAACUGGUUUCGGUAACAGGAAUUUGACUUCCUUCAGACUGGGCGCGUGACCUAAAUCGGCAGCUCUGUGUAGAAGAGCUGCUACUAGUGCCAUGUCCCUGACAACGCUCGGAGGUAAGUUGGGAUUUCCGAGUCUCAACAAAAGCCCUUCUAGAUAAUCUGGGGCUACUUGAUUGAAAAGGACUUCGGUGUAAAGAGGACUAGCGUCGUGUUUUAAGGGAUGAUACCAAACCGAUCUGCAAAAAAUCAAGUAAAACGGUUGAGCAGCUUUGUGCAACUCUGUGGUGACGUCCAAAAUAUAUUCGUCAGCAGCCAAAGGCAUUGUAAAGGCAUCUCCUUGGACUAUGCAGUAUAAGCUAAACUCCUGCUGCUCUUGCUCGCUAUUAAUACCAAUAAGACCACAAAGCUCUUGAAUAACGUCCGCAACUACGGUACUACAACGCGUAUUGACUACGCGUUCAGCACCACCAGGAAGUCUGUAGAUUUGCCUUCGAGCGCUUCUACCAGCACUAACUGCAGUUACUUCCUCUACACUUGGGACAUUUUUGCGUCCUCCACAACGCUGGGUCUUUCUCAGGUUGGUAACGCAAACUGAAGCGGUACCGUGACAGAUUCUUCGUCUGUCAUUGGCUGCACUGGAUAAGUGUUCCAUUAGGUAUGGCAAAAGGGUGUCCGAGCAAGCGAAAUAGGCUGCAACUAUUGAUAAUAAUCUCCAGGC